AUGUCGGCUCCGGCUCCUGGCCAGGGCGGCGCCGCUGUUCCCUCCUCGCGCGACUCGACGGGGUUCGAGGUGCCGUACGAGCUCUGCACGUCCGCCAUCGCAGGCAUCGGCGUCUUCGCCACCACGCCGCUCGCGCGUGGCACGCUCCUCUGGCGUGCCGACUCACGGAGCCAGGUCGUGCACACCGAGGCGACGCUGCGGGAGAGGCUGGCGAGCCUGUCGUCAACCGAGGCGAUCGAGUUGCUCGAGCACGUCUACUGCUGGGAGGGCGAGGCGCGCGGCGCGCACAUGCCCUCUCUUGUGCUCGAGGUGGUUGGCGACGGCAAGUACUGGAACCACUCGCGCACGCGGCAAAACACGGGCAGCGGCGGCAACCACCCCGACGGCGAUGGCGAGGGGCGUGGGGAUGGCGUGUCGUCGUACGCGCUGAGGGACAUCGAGGCCGGCGAGGAGCUGCUCGAUGACUACGCCUUGUACCCCACCAUCCCAUGGUUCGAGGCACUGUGCGAGGCGCACGGCGCGCAGUCGUGCACGAGCGUGGGCAAGCGCUUCAUAGCCUUCGUGAGCGUACGGCACCCAAAAACGAAGAGCUACAUACACUAA